GGCGGGGCCGGCGACGGGCGUAUUGUGGUGGAGGGGCUCCGCUUGUCAGUUACUGAUUCAUAAGAAGACCUCUUCUCUUGCUCCAUGUCUGCUAAAUUUACGCAGGAGUCUUUAGCAAAGACGGGAUAACUGGAACAGGGAAUUGAAAGUGCUGGACGAAGGACUACGGCACAAGUGUUGUAAAAUAAAUUUGUGGGAAGAAUUUUUUUUUAAAGAUGUGUUGACCAGAAGAAUCUCUCACUUAGUGGCCCUUGAAAAUCUAGUGCCUUAUAAAAGAUGGGGUUUGGAAGUGACCUGAAGUAUUCUCAUGAAGCAUUGGUGAAACUGCAAGAUUGGGAAUUACGGCUACUAGAAACGGUGAAGAAAUUUAUGGCCAUGAGAAUAAAAAGUGACAAGGAGUAUGCAUCCACUUUACAGAAUCUUUGCAAUCAGGUUGAUAAAGAGAGUACUUCACAACUGGAUUAUGUUAGUAAUGUAUCUAAGUCCUGGCUGCUCAUUGUGCAGCAAACAGAACAGCUUAGCAAGAUCAUGAAAACGCAUGCAGAAGACUUGAAUGCUGGGCCAUUACAUAGACUGACCAUGAUGAUCAAAGAUAAGCAGCAAAUCAAGAAGAGUUACAUAGGUGUUUACCAGCAAAUUGAGGCAGAGAUGUUCAAGGUUACAAAAACAGAAUUGGAAAAAAUAAAAUCUACUUAUAGACAAUUAAUUAAGGAAGUAAAUUCUGCAAAAGAGAAGUAUAAGGAAGCUUUGUCUAAAGGAAAGGAGACUGAAAAAGCCAAAGAACGUUACGAUAAAGCUACUAUGAAACUCCACAUGUUGCACAAUCAGUAUGUGUUGGCGCUGAAAGGAGCACAGUUACACCAGCACCAGUAUUAUGACGCUACACUUCCUCUGUUCCUUGACUCCUUGCAGAAGAUGCAAGAAGAAAUGGUUAAAGCACUAAAAGGUAUCCUUGAAGAAUACAGUCAGAUCACCAGUCUUGUAACAGAAGAAAUAGUGAAUGUUCAUAAAGAGAUCCAAACAUCUGUUGAACAGUUAGACCCUGGUUCUGAGUACAGUAGUUUCAUAGAGGCUCACAGGACACCAGAUGUUGCGCAACAAGAAAUAGAGUUUGAUACAUCUUUAUUGGAAGAAAAUGAAAAUCUUCAAGCCAAUGAGAUUAUGUGGAAUAAUUUAACAGCUGAAAGUUUGCAAACAAUGUUGAAAACAGUAGUAGAAGAGCUGAUUCAGACCCAGCAGACACUUCUAAACAAGGAAGAGCUAGUACUGGAAUUAGAAAAAAAGAUAGAAGAAUCUUCUAAGAUUUGUGAGAGGAAAUCUGAUGUUGUGCUUCUGUUAAGCCAGAAACAGACACUGGAAGAAUUGAAGCAAACAGUUCAGCAGUUGAGAUGCACUGAAGUCAAGUUUGCUGCCCAGAAGGAACUUCUAGAACAAAAAGUGCAAGAAAAUGAUGGGAAAGAACCGCCACCUGUUGUAAACUAUGAGGAGGAUGCCAGAUCAGUUUCUUCAAUGGCAUCUCAACCUCCCCAUCUGAAUUUGGGCCUGAAAGAUGAAGGGAAAGUGUUUGCGCGUGAAAGGCAAGUGGAUAAGAAAGAUAAAGUUUCCCGGUUUGAUACCAUUCGUCACUCCAUUGCCGGAAUGAUAAGAUCUCCAAAGUCUAUGUUGGGGUCUUCAUCGUUCUUUGAUGUAAUAUCAACCAGCGAGAAACCUCUGGCAGACCAAGAUUGGUAUCAUGGUGCAAUCCCAAGAAUAGAAGCUCAAGAGUUAUUAAAGCAACAAGGAGACUUCUUGGUGCGAGAGAGUCAUGGCAAGCCUGGUGAAUACGUCCUUUCUGUGUUUUCAGAUGCGCAACGGAGACACUUCAUCAUACAAUAUGCUGAUAAUCAGUAUCGAUUUGAAGGGACGGGGUUUCCAACUAUUCCUCAGCUUAUAGAACAUCAUUACACAACAAAACAGGUGAUUACGAAGAAAUCAGGUGUCGUUCUGCUGAAUCCUGUUAUUAAGGAUAAAAAAUGGAUUCUCAAUCAUGAAGAUGUCACACUGGGAGAAUUACUGGGCAAAGGUAAUUUUGGAGAAGUAUAUAAGGGAAUAUUGAAAGAUAAAACUCCAGUUGCUGUAAAGACAUGUAAAGAAGACCUUCCCCAGGAGCUGAAAAUAAAGUUUUUAUCAGAGGCCAGAAUACUCAAACAGUAUGACCAUCCGAAUGUGGUAAAGCUUAUAGGAGUUUGCACUCAAAGGCAACCUAUAUAUAUCGUUAUGGAGCUUGUUCCAGGAGGUGAUUUCCUCUCCUUUUUAAGAAAGAAGAAGGAUGAGCUAAAAACCAAGCAGCUAGUGAAAUUUUCAUUAGAUGUUGCUGCUGGGAUGGCGUAUCUCGAAUCCAAAAACUGUAUACACAGGGACCUUGCUGCAAGGAACUGCCUUGUAGGUGAAAACAGUGUCCUGAAAAUUAGCGACUUUGGAAUGUCUCGUCAAGAAGAUGAUGGAGUAUAUUCAUCUUCAGGAUUAAAACAGAUUCCCAUCAAAUGGACUGCUCCAGAGGCUUUAAACUAUGGGCGAUACUCUUCUGAAAGUGAUGUGUGGAGUUAUGGAAUUUUCCUCUGGGAGACCUUCAGUUUAGGUGUCUGUCCAUACCCAGGAAUGACUAAUCAGCAAGCACGGGAACAAGUGGAGAAAGGCUAUCGAAUGUCAGCACCUCAGAAGUGCCCGGAGGAAAUCUAUAAAAUAAUGCAACGGUGUUGGGAUUACAAUCCUGAAAUGAGACCGAAGUUCAGCGAAAUUCACAAAGAGCUCUCUGCAUUGAAAAAGAAAGUGGGCUCAUGAGAAGUUAACAGGACUCAAAACUAGAGGACUCUUUUCUCUUUUCCCAGAAAAGUAAUAUUUUAUGUCAUGAACACUACACUUUUAUACAUUUCCUUCAAUAUUCUUCUAGAAUUCUUUUUUAAAAACAAAAAAACGGUUUGUAUUCAAGUGUGCCAGGCUGAAAAUGUCAAAGAUAUCUAUGUUAAAGAGAGAGAGAGCGCUCUGCCAAAUGCUUUAUAUCUGAUCACAGUGAUGCUGUCAUUUAGGUUAUAUGUAAAUAGACAACAUAUAGUAUGUGUAUAGGUUUUGUGUUUUUUAAAAAGAACUCUGGCUGCUUUCUGUUAGCGAGAUAACUCCCUAAUCUUUUUUUCUGGGCUUUACCUCUGCUUUGAUUCCAAGUCCACACAGUGCAUGCCAGGUGGUUUAUGCACGAAGGCAGGCACAUUUUUGUUACCUCCAUUUAAAAGAAUAUACAAUAUAAUGCUCUGAAAACAAACAAAAACACCAGCUAACACAGCCUUGGAUUUAUGUGUAUUUUUACUCUAAAAGAUCUUAAUUGAACAGUUUGAGUACAGAAUGGAACUGCAUGCAGAUAUUUCUAGCAGAUAUUUCAUGACAGUAAAUAUUCCCUAUACCCCUCUAAUUUUUUUAAACCAAGAAAAAGUAGGCACAAUUCACAAAGCGCAAAUCUAUAUGGUCUGGCUGUUAGGGGGGGCGAGCGCAGAAUAAAUCCAGAUGUGAGCCUUAUGUAUGAUGCAUCUAUCAGGAAAACACUGUAGAUGAUCUCUUUUUCAGAGGGAUGAGCUGCAGCAUUGCAUAGUUGUUCUUGAAGGUGUGCAUUCAGAAGUGCUGUCUGCAAGAGAAGGAGAGUAGCAUAUAAUGAAGGUAACCAGUAACACUGAAUUUGGAUGGGGAAGAGAAAGUGACUUACUCAAUUGAUCUUUGGAAGAUUUGUGAAUUGAUGUUCCUGUUCAAUAUUCAGCUGAAGCAAAGGAAAAAGGAAGAAAUGUAUUUCAUGUAUACUUCCCAAAGGGGGGAUGCAUUUUUCAGUAGCGGGAGGCGGGGGUGGGGAAUCCUAAUGGCGGGGAAACUAACAAGGAAAUGUUAUCUUCUGUAUAUAGUAUCUGGCACACAGAACAAACUACAAAGUCGAAACAUUAAGUUGUGGAACUGCAUUUCCCUAAUUAUGCUCACAUUCUGCUGGGUUUAUUCAGUUGCCAAACUUCAAACUCCAAAAUGACAAGUGAGCAUCAACAUAUUAUUUCCAAGGUCUCCUACAAUUAGACCCUUUCCGGGCUAUUGUAUAAGUUGAUGGUAUGAUCCUGACCUUUUGGGUCUCCAGUUGAUGAGUCUUGUUGCAGGAGUUUCAGCUUGUGCUGAAGAGGGAGCAAAAUGAUGGCCGCAGUGUGUCGGCACAUUGAUCGUUUCUGGCCCAGGGGAAUGGAGAUGAGGAAAUAAAAAAGCGUUUUGAGCCUCAAAACGGCAUUCUUUUGUACAGUAGGACCAAGAUGUAGGUGAAGUCUUUGACUGCUUUACAUGUUACCUGUUUGGCUGAUCCUGCUGGCCAGAACACAUUUGCUCUUUUGUGUGUGUGUUUUUGUGAUAGUACAGAGUGGUGAUGUUGAGCAAGGUAAAGUAUACCUGUAGUCUAGAAAAGUUGAUGUCAUUAGCACGGUGAUAACUUUUAUUGUUGGAUUAAACAGUGGAGUCCAUUGUAGAUGGACUUGUUAGCAGUCUAGCACAGGGAUUUCCAGGUGAUUCUUGCCUUAUUACACCUUACUACACCAGGACAGGUCAAUGAGUUCAGAAUCUAAUGGAGAAGGAAAGGGGGUGGGAAGAAAAUAUAGCAUUGCAUAGCAUAGCAGUUUAUUUAGCAGUGGGCAUGCGCUUAUCUUUGUUCAACACAAAUAGGAAAUAUUAGUUAAAUACGGUGACCCUAAAGGGAUCCACAACAGUGUGCCUUAAUUCAUUGGCAUUGUUAUCUAAAAUGCACAAGGUCUGAAUGCUAUCACCACAGGGGGGGGGAACCACCAGUCGCCUAGCUUUAGGUCUUCAUCUAUGCAUUCACAUAAGGGCAAGAAUGUACCUUCUUUUAUCCACUGUGUUCUUAAUUUUUGUCUUAAGUGUUAAUAUUUUUAUAUACGAGAGACUAUACCAUUUCUUUAAAGUCUUCUGAAUGUACUCUUGUCUUUCAACAAUGAAAAGGACAGCUCUUUGUCUUAAUUCAAUUAGCAGGACUUUCUGUCCUGUUCUUGUACAGAUGUAAAGGAUAAACACUAUUUAUAUUUCAUUGAUGUAAGCAGAUUUGCAAUUCAUGUCAGACUGCUACUCAAAUUGAAAAUCAUUUUCCAAACAUGGGAUACCAGUAGCAUUUAAAAUUUGUUCCGGCUGUCCUAAAAUCAGGGGUCAACUGAAGAUCACUAACUUCUGGGAUCUUGUUGGUUGACUGAUUUUUUAAAAAAAGUAAGUCUAGUGUAUUGGCAGUUUUCUUCACACCAUCUUGUGAAUCACUCUCUUAGAAAAAGACACCUGCCAAUGCCUGUUGGAAUUAUGUAUGUUAGGAAGUUAAAUUCAUUCCAGAUGGAUGUAGACAUAAACUAUUAUUUGCAAGGAUUUGGUCAAAAGAAUGAGGCUGUCUAAUGCAGCCCUGCUCAGUGAAGUUUAUUAAAGCUGGGGAAACUGCAUUCCAAGCUGCUUUCUUAAUGAAGUAAAAACUUUGCAUUAUUAUAAAAUAGUUAUUUGUUACAGGAUUUAUAUAAUUAGUCUCUUAGAACAAGAAGAUUACAAUCACACACACACACACACAACUCAACACAACCCUCUUUCUUGGGAAUAUGCAAUAUGAAAUAGAUAUUGUCAUUUAUAUCAUUCUGUAGCAGUGUACAUCAAUGGCCUUUGUAAGUGCUGUAAUUGUGUUUAUCUAGGAAGCAAGUUUGCUUCCACGUUAGCAUUUCACAAAUAAGCGUAAAAACCUUUUAAAAGAUACAGCACAAAGUGCAAUUUGGAACUUGGUAAUUUGAGCCUCUUUGCCACAGUCACUUUUCAUUUUCAAUAAAUAUGAUUUUUAAAAAGGAGUUUAUAGUGCAAAUUCUGAAUGGAACUAGAAUCUUGAACAAAGAAAUAAAUUGCUAUUAGGAGAAUCAAAGCCUUCUUACAUUUACUGAAAUGUGCAAUAUUACAAAGAUCUCUAUUCAGAAACACAGUGUGAGGGAACCUUUAACUGUCCUCACUCUUACAGUAAUUUUCCAAUGUACCAUAGUCCCCAAAUAUUUGAAGUCUUUCAUUUGAUGUAUGGAGUUAUUUAUAGAUGCAGCAAAUGCCAACCCUUUGCUUUUAUAAAUAUUGAAGCAGAUACUAGAACAAUGUUGCCAAACAGCAAUGUUUAUGCAAUAAGCCACUGGCUUGUUUGGUUAGAAAACAGCUGUAAGGAAGAAGAAGAAACACUUGUUUUAUUGUGUUUCUGUUUUUAUCUUCUGGGUUACCAACUGACCAUAUUGGCUGGUGACCUCGGUUGGCAUUAUGUUGGCAGUAAGUUACAGAAAGAAAGUAAUAAAAAAGCACAGACUGUUAUCAUUGCUGUUUUUUAUAUAUUUAAGCUGCUGGCUAACAUUUUUUGUAGUUCAUUUUGCUUUCAAAAAAUUACCAAGAAGAACUUUUAACCCCACCCCUUUUAGCAGGAUGAAAACAUGGAGGUAUGCAAGGGCUUUCAUUAGAGACACAGCUUUCUUUCCUAUCGCUUGUAAUGGCUCUUUCUCAUGGCCAGUAUGUGUUUUUUUAAUCAUCUGAAUAGGUGGAAUGUAAGGUGUUUUGACUUCCCAUGCCUCUUUCUUAACAAAAAGCACUUAUUGGGGGACCCUGAUCUGGAUUAGGACUCUGGGAGAGAAGUUAAUUUUUCUCUCACCCCUACAGAACCUGAGUGGGGUAGGGUGUGGUUUCAACAGGAAAACAGGGUGAGCAAAAGCAGGAUUAACUCUUCCUUUCCCCUGUGCCGUGGUCCUGAUCCAAAUCGAGGCAGGUUUUUUUAAAAAAAAUAUUAUUUUAGAGAACCAUGGCCAGUCCCUAAACACCCUAUUCUAAGCAUACUAUUAAUGUAUCAUACAGCUUUUGUUCUUACUAGAUUGCUUUCUUAACUUGAAUGAGAAAACAGAACUUCGGGGUUUUAUCAUACAGCAAUCUGGCCAUUGAAUAACAAAACCAGAUUCUCUACUAACCACAAUAAUUCUAUUCCUUUUGACAGUCUAAUGAACAAAGAGAGAUACCUAAAUCCAACUUCACUCUGGAUAAUAAGAGAUCCUUUUUGAGUGCAAGGCCAAUAAAUCCUGAAGCACAAGACCGUACUUUUAAAGUUUGCCACUUCUUAGUUUUUAGAAAACAUUUGUUCUGAUAAGUUUGGGAUUUUCUUUGUGGCCUUGUGUUACUUUUCUUCUGAGCUCAGCUAUCUGCAUUCACGUCUUGAAACCUAAGGCAGAAACUGGUUGAACUCUUGCCCAGACAUGGCUCUUUCCUCAGAUGUUUAAAACGUUAGAUCUUGAAACACUGAAAAAUGUGCAGAAGGUCAGAGUGUAUAUAGCUAAAAGUUACAUCCCUCCUUCCCUUUACAGCCGGCAACAUGUUAGGCAGCAUUUGUAAGCAAAAGAACUUUCCUUGUGUUCAGAAGAAAGUUAUCAACAAGAAAGAAAGCAAAAGUAAAGAAGAUCUGGUUGGCUUUAAAUGACCUUACAUUUUAAAAACUCAUCAUGCAACAAUUGAUACGAUAAGAUAAGAAUGAACAUCAUGUUUACUUUUUAGGGUACUUGUUCCAAAAUGUUCAUCUUGUAUCAAAAGUAUUUGCUGCAUUAUAUGCAGAAAACUUCGGUCUUGCUGGCAUGCAAAAUGUACUUGCUUCAGUGAGCCAUUCCUUCUUCCCCCAUUUUUUGUGACAAUAACAGGCCUGCUUGAUAUGUUGCGUAUGUGUGCUUGGAAGAAAGAUGCAGCCAGUCCCAGCUUUUGCUUUCAUGGGUUUGUAGGCCUACUGUCGUCAUACACACACUGGAUUGCAUCCAAAGUUUCCCUUCUUUCAAUGGAAGGAAGGGAACCUUUGGAUGCCACCCAUUCCAAAAUGUGUAAAGAGGCCCUAUACUUUUUCAUUAAAAUCUUAUGUGUGAAACAUUCUUCAAUAGGGAUCGAUUGUUAUUAACUCCAAACCAUUAACCUUGCUGCAGGGUCCAGAAUGCUAAUGGAAUCCUCUCCCAUCACCCCUUGCAUCUUCAUUCAAAAUAUAGCUUAUUCCUGUAGGAAUUUUGGGAUUUAUUUCUGCAGAUAGUCACUUGAGGUAGGUCAGGCAAUAUGUUGUGAAAGUAGAAAAGAUUACGUCAAAGGAGUCAGCAAAGUUUUUUUUAAAGCCUUUUAUAUAUGGUCUCUAGGAAAUAUAAUGUUUUGGUUUGACACUAGCUCCCUAAAUCUUGAGAUUUGAAGAUCUGCUUGGAGGCACAGCCCAUGGGGCUUGUGGACACUGAGUCAGGCUACUUUGUUGUUCAGUUAGACACCCAGAUUGUAUUGCAAUUUGCUGUCAAAAUUUUCAUUUUGACAAGUAGUUUGUUUGUUUAGCAGGGGAAGCUGCAGUUUGAUAAGCACAAGAUCCAUUAAGCGAAUGGAACUGGUCUUGUAGGGGUUUUUUGUGUUUUUUUUUUAAUCCUGGCCUCUAUUUCCAAAUACAUAAUCUGGAUACAUAUAUUAAAGACCCUUAACCUAAAUAUCAUGGAUUGCUGAUGGGAAAUGCAUAAAUAAAUAUAGAAUCUGCAUGCAAAAUAAUACUGGAAUAAUAUUGGAAGAAAACUGCAUAACUUGAUGAAAAUAUGAUGUGCAGCUACCCUUCUAUGCCCUCAACAGUUAAUCUUGGGUUUACAAAAGAAGCCCUUAUGCACAGGAAUUGUCCAACUAAGGUAACUGUUUCUUUAAAUAGAACUUUGGGGCCUUGCGUCAUACAAUCAACUACAGUGGUGCCUCGCUAGACGAAUUUAAUUCAUUCCACGGGUCUUUUCUUAUAACGAAAAAUUCGUCUAGCGAAUCCCAUAGGAAUGCAUUGAAUUUUUUAUUUUUAUUUUUAUUUUUUUGCCCAUAGGAACACAUUAAUUGAAUUUCAAUGCAUUCCUAUGGGAAACCGCGAUUUGCUAGACGAUUUUUUCAUAAAACGAAUUCGUCUAGCAAGGCAACCUCCACUCGAAAAAUCCUUUCGUUAAGCAGAAAUUUCGUUAAGCAGGACAUUCGUUAAGCGAGGCACCACUGUAUGUAUGUUCUGUAGAACCUGCAUAAAGUACAAUUUGACAAAAGGGUGGAUAAAAUGUGCAAGGCAGCUAAACCAUGUGAUAAGUUUAUCACUAGGAAGUGGGGACCAGCCGGACUCCUGUAAUUACUGGCAGGUUUGUAUCUUUGGGUGUUAUUUUAGCUCUGAUUACAAAAUACAGACUUCCUCGUUCUGCAGAAAUAGGGCACCAAGUACAUCAAGGGAAGACAGAGAAGCCCUCUAGCAAUGCCAUUAACAAUCCAAACCAAGGGGAGAAGUGUGUAAGAAAAACAACUUUCUAAGGCAAGAAAAGGAGGCCAAUGCUGUUAUUAGUUUACAGAAGGAAGGUACAUCUUCAAAGUGAGAAAUGUAAGAGCCAGAAGAAACAUAUCAGAGUAAGUGAUCUCAAAUGUAUCAAGGAAUAGCACAGGAAAUUAUUCUUUUUGGGGGGAGGGGAGUAUUCAUAAGUACAAGGCAGAAAAGAAGAAAUAGGCUUCUAGCUGUAUAGACAAGAUUUUUAUGUACAGUCAAAUCCUGCCUGUAUAUUAUCCCAUGACUGAUCUUAGGGGAAUACCAGCAACAUUUUACUGGUUUAAGUCUGUGCCAUCUGCAGCAGAACUUAUUUCACCAUAACUUUCUUUCACAAAGAUUGGUAUCUCAUGCCUGUGCUUAUUAGAACGGAGUCCUUUUUCUCUUUGAUGCUAAAGCAAUUGCAAGAUCACAUGACCAGGCAAGGAGGAUUCCCCCCCCCCAAUAGUUGAUUUGACAGCCACAGACCUAGGUUUACUAAUUUUUUAGCUGUUCCCAUGAAGUUGAGUAAGGUCAUAGGGGCUCAUUGUCAAACCAGAGUAGAAGAAUUUUAGAUAUAUUGAGUAGACGCUGCAAUUGUUUACAGCUUUUUACAUAUAUGUAUUUUGGUGUGGCUUUGAGUCUUUUUCUCUCCUUUUUAAAUUUUUUUUUAGUUAGUGCCAAUAUAUGCACCAGCAAGUUUAAUAUCAGGUAAAGCACCUUUUAUGCUCUUUUGUUGUCUAAAAAUAAUAUAUUUGUGAACACAUUGAUAAUACAUAACACUGGAAAGGGUUGCAUCUUCCCAAAAAGUACAGGUGCUUUAAAAAAAAAAAGGAGGAAAGGGAAGCUUUCCUGGCUUUUAACAAGAGUCAAAAUGAUAGCUUAUACUUAUUAGUUACCUGUUCUUUAUAAUUUUAACAGAUCUACAUUUUAUCUUUUAUUUAUUUGCCUUUUUAUAUUCCUAUUUGAACUGAAGUUAACCUUAUUUCGCUUUCCUAGCCUGUUUUGUUUUGUUUAUAUAAAAAAGGGAUCUUCUGUGUUCUUAGAAAAUCUGCAAAUAGUUUUGAAUGGCCUCUUUCUCUUUGGACCAAUUACCACUAACAGGUCAGCAAGACCUUUUUUUUACUGUAUUCUUUCAAUAAAUGUACAAUAUUUGUA